UUACAGAACCGGAUUUGGUUUAUUUGCGAUGGAAGGAUCGUCUUCUUCUUCGAUGCAGUCAAAGUACAAAGGAGUGAGGAAGAGGAAAUGGGGCAAAUGGGUUUCGGAGAUCAGACUCCCCAACAGCAGAGAACGUAUCUGGCUAGGCUCAUACGACACACCUGAGAAGGCGGCGCGAGCCUUCGACGCGGCUCUUUAUUGCCUCCGAGGCAACAACGCGAAGUUCAAUUUCCCGGAAAACCCUCCGGCGAUCAACGGCGGAAGAAACUUAUCGAGGUCGGAGAUACGAGAAGCGGCAGCGAGGUUCGCUAACUCGGAGGAGGAGAAGGAAUCGAGCGUUCGAGCAGGAUCGUCAUACGAGAUACAGCAAGAGUCAACUUCAAACUCGAUGGACAUUGAUUCGGAGUUCUUGAGUAUGCUGCCGACGGUUGGUUCGGGUAAUUUCGCUUCGGAGUUUGGGUUGUUCCCUGGGUUCGAUGAUUUCUCCGACGAAUACUCCGGUGAUCGUUUCAGGGAACAGCUUUCACCUACGCAGCAAGACUAUUACCACGGAGAAGAGACUUACGACGGCUCCAUCAUUCUUUGGAAUUUUUGAAACAUUUCCAU